AUGCUUUCCCCGGCUACCAGUUCUUCUCCAUCCUCAUCACAAGUCUGGACCAGAGCAUCAACAACAACAACAAUAGCAACUAAAGCAAGUAGUAAAAUGAAUGUGAUGGUUUUACCCGAAUUGUUCGCAAAGCGUGUUCAUUUUACAAGCAUACACUCGGUGUAUCUUUUAAACAAAUAUAAACAUUUAAUUAAAUGGAAAAAUAAUCCAUCAAUUAUGGAAUUUGGUUUUGGAGAUGGCGGUACUUCGGCUGCCGCAUUACAACCACUCAUUCCACAAGAUUGUAAGGAGUUCAUAGCUGCAGAUGUCUCCCAACAAAUGGUCAAGUAUGCAGAGCAGAAUGCGAAAUUACCAAAAGUUGGAAAAAUUAUACAAUUUAAUAUUAGUGCGCAAAAUGUAUCAUCGGAAUUUCAAAAUCGUUUCGAUCACAUUUUCAGCUUCUUCACGUUCAACUGUAUACCAAAUAUCAGCGCAAGGUGA